AUGGGUCCAAAACGUGUCCUGAUUACAUACGGAGUAGAUGUCGAUGCCGUGGCCGGUUGGCUCGGUUCCUACGGAGGCGAGGAUUCUACAAACGACAUUAGCCGGGGAGUAUGGGCUGGAACAGUUGGUACUAGACGUCUAUUGAAGAUGUUUGCUAAGUAUAACAUCAAGACGACCUGGUUCAUUCCCGGUCACUCGCUGGAGACUUUUCCCGAAGACAUGGCCGCAGUGCGGGAUGCAGGACAUGAGAUUGGAUUGCAUGGCUACUCCCACGAAAACCCGACCGACAUGAGCAUUGAGCAACAGCGCGAUGUCCUCGAUAAGACCUAUCGCAUGUUGACCGAGUUCGCGGGCAAGCCACCACGAGGCAGUGUUGCACCGUGGUGGGAGACCAGCCAGGAAGGUGCACAGCUGCUGCUCGACUAUGGUAUUGAGUACGACCACAGUAUGAGUCACGAGGACUGCCAGGCAUACUAUCUCCGAACGGGCGACAGCUGGACUAAGAUCGACUACAAGGAAAAGGCCGAGACUUGGAUGAAGCCGUUGGAGCAUGGUCCGCAGACUGGGCUGGUUGAGAUUCCCUCGAACUGGUAUAUUGACGACCUGCCACCGAUGAUGUUCAUCAAGAAAUCACCCAACAGUCACGGCUUUGUCAACCCGCGCGAUGUGGAGGAUAUCUGGCGUGAUCAUUUCGACUACUUCUAUCGCGAGUACGACGAGUUCAUCUUCCCUAUCACAAUCCACCCUGACGUUUCGGGAAGACCUCAUGUGCUUUUGAUGCACGAACGCCUCAUUGAGCACUUCAUGAAACAUGACGGUGUUGAGUUUGUGACCAUGGAGCAGGUGUGCGAUGAUUUCAAAAAGAAGAACGCGCCUCCACCCGGUGCUUUGAUGCCCGCUCCGGCUGGAGCAAUGCUCAAGAAAUGA